AUCUACUAUAUCUGUAAUAGUACAAACGUAGAAAAUGAUCGAUGAAAUAGCCUUAAUCGUACUUGGUAAUAAUUAUACUCGUAUUUAUCUGUUUCCGCGAUGCGACGAUACUACAUUUAUAUUGUGAAAGGAACAAAAAAUGGAUAUAUGGACGCGUUUUGGUAAGAGACAACCCCGGGGAGACAACAACCGAGAGGAUACUUGAAAUACUAUGUAACAUCACAUAGGAACGUGAAGACAAUGAGAACCCAAUAUGGUAGUUAACAAUACAACCACUCCGGCAAUGGACAUUACUACGAACAGAGAAGAAGGAGGAUUGCUAAUAUCCCACCAGGAAAUCUUCAUCAUCGCCUUAUGUCUGACUAGUGUAACCUUCUUAGUUCUUCUACCCAUAGACUUCAUAAAAUAUCGUAGGAGAAAGAAGCCUCCGACCCAUAUGAGACAAGGUUCGAGACCACGUGUUUACGACGCUCGGGUAUUUCCGUUUUGGCAUCGGAAUGACAUUCCCGAAGAUGUGUAUCUGAAAACGUUAUACUCGCCUGCCAAAUCAAACAACAUGAGACAACUUGAAGAGCAAAAAUAUGCCAUGCAAGUUAACACAAAUAAUGAAGAAUUCGAAAAGGAAGGUACGCGAUAUAUUGAGAGAAGAACAUCUCGGGAAAGUUACCAUAGCGAUAUCGUCAUAGCAACGAAUCCGUUGUUGGACUCGGAUGGUCCAUAUGACGACCUAACGAGUAAGAAACUUUUGCUCAAACCUAUUAAAAAGAAGAAAAGAAAGAAAAGGUUAAUAAAAAAUACUGUUAUGAAAACCAGCUCAAAAGUGUCUCCUUUAUACGACGAUGCAAAUGAACAAGUAAACGACAAUGAUAAACCUGACACAGUUCAUUGUAAUGACAAUAUCGGAUUUGAAAGUGACGAACACCAUAAACAAAAUGCAAACAUGUAUAGCAAUCCUCAACGCAACAGUGCAUCAACUGACAAUGAUACGCCAAAUGACCUCAAUGUUAAUGAUGAUACCAUUACUAAGGGUCGUGAUGUGAAUGUAGCAAAUGAACAUGAUAUGCCACAUACGAGUCCUGAAUAUGAAGCCAAUGAACACAAUGCUGUUACUGAGCAAUUGGCAAAUGGACACAAAACGCCCAAUGCUCAACAGAAUAAUUCAGGAAACAUAUUGUCACAUAACUUGAAAACGCAGUAUGAUACCAACGUACUUAUUGAUAGUGUAGAUACGAUACAUAAAGAUAACGCUCGUAUUGAGUCCGGCUAUGGAGGUGUCCCAACAGAAAUGAAAAUAUUCACAAUUCAGAGCCAAAAUUCUGAGAAAAAUUUUCUUGCAUUGAAUGAGGAUUCUGUUAUUGUAUAACCAUAACCAAAAACUAAGAGCAGUAUCGAAAUACAGGUAUCACAAAGUUGUCCCUGGGCCAUUACCCCUGGGACAUAAAGUCCCCUGACUAUGUUUUCUAGGAGUUAAGGCCGUGGGAUAAUUGGCAGAAAUAGUAGUCCUGAAGCCUAGGACUGAAAUAUAUGGCGAAGAAAUCAAUGAGUUUAAUUGUAUUAUCAUAAACAUGUACAAUUUGCUUCAAAAAUCGCCUAAGAUAAAUUUCAAUUGAAAUCCUUGUAAUAUUGACGCUUAGAACAUAUAGAUGAACAAUUAUGAAAAGAAAAUUAUGAAAAGAAAGUGUUUUAUUUGAUUCAUGUAGUGUGGUUAGUGUAUUUAUAUUUGCAAAACAAUUCAUUGAAAAUGUGUUCUUUUAGUGAUUUCGUUUCUUUUGGAUGAUUU